AUGCCGGCAUCCCUCUACCUCCGCCCCUCUCCCAGAGCAUUCUUCCUCCUCACCCCCAAGCACGCCCUCGUCUUCCGCCAGCCAUCAGCCUCAGAAGCCUCCGCCUCCAAGUCAGUCGUCGUCGCCGAGUGGCUUCCACUUGAAGAAGUAGAAACGCAAGACCUCAUCAAGAUUCAUGGCGGCGUAGAUGGUGUACUUGGUGUUGGGAGUGUACCCUCGGCAGAGCGGUCACCAGUCCCCGAGAUAUUCCUCUUCAUCUCGACAAACUCGACGCCUCUUCCCCCACUGCUCCCGAAUUCUCCACUCCAUCCCUCAAAGCUGUUAUCUGUUCAGUUUUACUCCUUAUCUUCUUCUGCAUGGGACCCACCAGAUUGGACGUCUCUGGCCAAUGCCGCUCGGGCCGAGCAGAUGGGUUUGGACUGGGAGGACGAGUACGAGAAUGUCAGCACUACAUGGAAUGCUGCGGGUGGGAGCACGACACCAUCGUCUCAGUACCCACACCCUUGUCAGGGGAUGAAAAAGUAUCUUGAGUCUGGAGGCUUCUUCUUUGCCGAAGGAUGUAAAUGGGACAUCUCAUCGCGUCUAUCGCCGACUUCAAAUUGGAUCAAGGAAGCUUCCUCCAGCCCCUCUGACCGAGUGGGCGGACAUCCGCUAGAGGGUUUCGACGAGAGAUUUGUUUGGAAUAAGAGCCUGCUGGAACCGUUCUUGGAGUUUAGAAAAGGUCUAGGAGAAGACAUGCGGAGAGAACUGGACAACGCAGCCCUCCUCAUUCCAAUCAUCCAGGGCUUCUGUGGCGCCCUUCCCAUAUCCCCAUCAUCCUCUUUAUCUUCAUCACUAUCUUCACUCGCUCUCAUCUCCCGUCUGUCCUGGAAACGUGCAGGUGCAAGGUUCCGAACACGAGGCAUCGACGAUGAUGGCCAAGUCGCCAAUUUUGUCGAGUCGGAGCUGAUAUAUAGCUCGGGCGAGAUGACGAUGAGCUAUGUGCAAGUGAGAGGAAGUGUGCCUGUCUUUUGGGGUCAGCCAGUAGGUGGUCUUGGGACGCUUAAUCAGAAGGUAGAAAUAACUAGACCGGCACAAGCCACACAACCGGCAUUCGACAAACACUUCCUAGAACUAUUAGAACAUUACAACUCUAUCCACGCUGUCAACCUUCUCGGGCAGAAAGAUGCCGAAUCUAUGCUCUCCAACGCAUACUCAUCACACCUCUCUUCCCUCAAACGUACACUUCAAGACACACCUUCGGAAGAAAAAGACCGCGCGGAUAUAGCGGACAGAGGCACACUAGAACUCACAGCCUACGACUUUCACUCUGCUGUGCGCAGUGGAGGGAAUGAAGCUGUGCGGUAUGAUCUUGAAAGACGACUGCGCGAGGUCGUCCGAAGCCGGGAGAAGUUUGGGUGGACGGUAGUGGACAUGGGCAGCGAAGAUGUGAUCGAGCAACAGCAGGGGGUCUUCAGAACGAACUGUCUGGACUGUCUUGAUCGCACAAAUUACGUGCAGGACGUCAUCUCGUCUCUUACCCUCUCGGCUUUCCUUGACACCUACGUCUCGCCUACCCUCGCGUCUUCCCCGACUCUGUGGUCCGCCCACCGAUCCCUCUGGGCCGAUAACGGCGACCGUCUAUCGAAGAUUUACGCUGGCACUGGUGCUAUCAAUACUUCGGCCACGCGUUCCGGCAAAAAGACAUUCGCCGGCUUGUUGAGCGAUGCGACAAAGAGCGUGGGCAGAGCCUACGUGAACAACUUCCAAGACAAGGGAAAGCAAACGGCAAUUGAUCUUCUAUUGGGCAUGUUGGUGGGGCAGAGAAGAGUCGUGCUUUGGGACCCUGUCAGUGAGAGUGUACAGGCUGCGUUGAUACAGAGAGAAGGAGAGUACACGUCGCAUAGGAAUGUGACCAUCUUCUCCGGGACGUGGAAUCUCAAUGGCAAGGCGCCUAACGAGCCCCUCGAUCCAUGGUUGUUCCCACCCGAUACCACCGAUCCAGAUAUCUACAUGAUCGCUUUCCAAGAGAUUGUAGAGCUUACAGCUGGCCAAAUUCUACAAACGGACCCUGCCAAAAAGCGAAUGUGGGAAAAGUACAUCAUGGACACUUUCAACAAUCGCAAACCCUCCCAAUACCUUCUUCUCCGCUCCGACCAGCUUGUCGGAACCGCCAUCAUAGUAAUUGUGAAAUCACAUCUCCUCCCUCACAUCCGUCGCAUUGAAUCUGCCACCAAGAAGACUGGUCUCUCGGGCUUGUCGGGCAACAAAGGCGGGGUCAGUGUGCGAUUCGAUUUGUUUGAUACGAGUAUAUGUCUUGUGACUUGUCAUCUGGCAGCAGGCUUUGGCAAUGUGCAAGAUAGGAACGCGGAUUGGCGGACGGUGGUGAAGGGUUUGAGGUUCCAGAGAGGUAGAGGGAUCGAGGACCAUGAGAUUGCCAUAUGGGGUGCAGACUUUAACUACAGAAUCUCGAUGGCCAACCAAGAAGUCAGAGAUCUUGUCGAAAGAGGAGACCUCCACCGCUUGCUCGAAUCAGAUCAACUCCUGGGCGCAAUGGAAAAGGGCGAUGUCUUUGGGGGGUAUGAUGAAGGGCCCGUCGCCUUCCCACCGACAUACAAGUAUGACAAUGGGACGAGCAACUACGAUUCUAGCGAAAAGCAGCGUGUGCCCGCCUGGACAGACCGUAUUCUAUUCAAAGGCGCCGCCCUACGCCUGAAAGAGUAUAGCCGCUCCGAGCUCAUGACCUCUGAUCAUCGUCCUGUCUACGCGGUUUUUGACGCCACAAUCAGGGAAGUAGACCACGUAAAGCGGGAUGGGAUCGCGAAGGAGCUUGUGCAUGGGUUUGUGCGAGAGGGUGGGAGUCAAAAGCUGGAGGGAAUUGUUGGGGUGGAGGUUGGUGAGAAGAGUGCUCGAGAGACAACGAGGGGUCUGGCGAAAAUCGAACGGGCAACCCCCCGGCCCUCUCCACGACUUCCUCCUCGCCCGAGCUCUUCCACUUCUCUCAACUCCUUGGCCGAGAAGGCCAGCCCAACCCUAGCUACCGGAAGAAUGUCGUCGGCACACAAUCUGCAAGCUCCGCCACAUACCUCUGCCUCCAAUUCCCUCCGUGCUCUGGCUACAAGCCGUGCCUCCGGAUCUGAAGGGCUCGACGGUCAGAGACGAACCCCGCCCAUACCCCCAAGGCCUUCUGUAUAUCCCCGACCGCCUACCGCAUCGACGACCAAACCCAAGCAGGUACCAGCGCCCCCCAGGUCAAGGUCGGUCUCAAACUUGAGCAACCAUACAGAGUCGUCUAUCUCGCCGGUGUCGCCAACAACAACGGGGGAGUUUGUGGUUGUGCCUUCUUCUACAAACGGUGCGGCCAGAAGAGCACCUCCCUUACCACCCCGAGUGAAUUCCGUUUCACAAUCAGCGAGUCAUCCCCCUCCUGCUCCUUCAGCUGCUGCAGCGAAAGCGACGCCGCGCACUGCCCCUCCUGUGCCCCGUAAAUCGCUCGACCUCAAUGGUUCUCCUCCUUCGGGGCUGAUGUCCCCCGUUGACCCGGAUGUGGUGAUGCAAAAGAUCAAAGCUGGAAUGGGCACGCCGGUCUCCCGGCCGAUACCUGCUAGACCGCAAGUGGAGAGGGGAGAAGGAAGUGUGGUGUCGAUGGUUAGAGCGUUGAAUGCGAACAACGAGGGUGGUGGAUGGAAGGCGAAGGAGAAGGGGAAGGUAGAGGGCAAGACUCCCGGGGAAAGUGUCAAGGAGCCAGAGAGUAGCACCAGUGGGUUGGAAAAGGACGUUCAAGACGCUGUGGGAGGAGAUGUGUUUGGGAAGACCGAGGCGGCUGCCAAGAAGAAGCCGCCUCCUGCGGUGCCGAAAAAGCCCGUGACGCUGCAGAAGGCGAGUGACACGGCUUCGGGCAAGACCAGGUAG